GCAAGUUUUAGAGGUUUUUAACCUCUCCCUCCCCAGUUAUAACGGCAUGCUGGUGUCGUCUGGGUGAUAUGUCUGAGGCUUUGCUUUGUAUCUUGCAAAUUGAUUCACUUACAAUAUACAAUAUAUCCGGUGAAGUAGUAUCCAUUCCCCUCCCCCAUACCAUUGCAUCAAUAUGGCCUCUUCCAUUUGGUUUGCUACUCCAGCCAGCAGCUGAAGGGAGCUCAUUGACACAAUCUACUUCUUUAUCCACAAGUCCUUUGUUUGGUGCUCGUGAUAUAUCUCGUCCUAGAAGAGAAAUUGGGCACACUCCACAACACAAUGCCGCUGUUUUGGGAACAUUUGAUUAUUUGAUGAGAGCGGACACAGUUACCCUGUCUUCGCAUCUGAUUCUGAAGGAUCUGUUGGAAGAACCACAGUCAAUGUAUAUUGAAGAGAGAGGAAAAUUUAACAUAAUGAAGGAUUUUGAUGAAAGAACAAUUUGGACCAGCGAUCAAAUUCCUCUAAUGGCAACAUAUAAUAAAGGAAAGAUGCAGCAUUCAGUGUGGGUUGCUGAAAUCAUCAAUUCCAAUCUUGAAGUGGCAACUAAUGCUGAUGUGGUUCCUGAUGGUGUAUUAGCUAAACUAUUCUCCUUUCGCAGAAUAUGGCAAGGAAAGGGUGCACAGACAGCUGCUUGUAAGGUUUUUCUGGCAACUGAUGAUGAUGCAGCUCCUGUUAUCUGUUUUCUUCUUCAAGAACAGAAGAAGCUGUUGUCAGUAAGGCUUCAAAGUAUUGAAAUUAAUAAUGAAAUCAUCUUUGAUGUUAAACCUGACAUGAGCUGGAGCAUACCUGCAAUUGCAGCAGCACCAGUGGUAGUAACUCGUCCAAGAGUGAAAGUGGGAUUGCUGCCAUAUACAGACAUCAUUGUUUUGGCUCCAGAAAACACACUUCUUCUUUAUUCUGGGAAGCAAUGCCUGUGCAAGUAUUUGUUGCCCUCUUGUUUGCGCAAAGGCACCCUUUUGCAUAAUUCAGAGUUCUCAGAGACUGCAUCUAUUCCCUAUGACUUAAAGAUUUUAGGAUUGGCUGAUGCUGUUGAGGGGCGUGUGAAUCUAAUAACAAAUAAUGGACAGAUGUUUCGAUGUGUCUUACGAAGAGGUCCUUCAUCUUCAUUGGUGAAUGAUUGCAUCACAGCAUUGGCUGAGGGUCUUAGUUCCAGAUUUUAUAAUCAUUUCCUUGUUCUUCUUUGGGGGGAUACUAAGUCCGACUAUUUGUCAAGGCCUGAUUCUAGUGUUGAUUCUGAAUGGGACUCGUUCUGUGAUGUUAUACUUGGAAUGUGUAGAAAGUCCAGUGCAGUUUCUCAGAAGCAUUUGAAUGCACUACCUCUUUCAUCCUGGGAACUCCUUCUUAACAGUAAAUUUCACAAGAGUUACCCAAAACUUAACUUCAUUACUGGAAUUUCUUCUGGAACCUCACUUGAUGCAGGGCAAAUGGAUUCUUCUGGUCCUAAUAUGAAAGGUAAACAAAGUGUAGAAGAAUCAUUUUGCUCUGAGCUGUUAGAGGAGAGUUUGGAUUCUCUGCAUGCACUAUAUGAAAGUCUGAAACUGGAUAAACUUCGCAAACGGGACUUGGAGCUUCUGGCAGUUCUACUAUGCAACAUUGCCAAGUUUCUUGGCCAGGAGAAUUAUUUAGAUCAUUAUACUCGUGAUUUUCCUGUUCUUUUUAAGAAAAUUGGGAAAUGUGCAAAAGCUUUUUCCAAAAAAACUCCACCAAGUAUAUUCAGAUGGCUUGAAAACUGUUUGCAACUCGGUUGUAUUGCAGCUAAUACAAAUGAUCUCCCAACUUUGAUAUAUAAAGAUGGAAGUUCUGUUGUGAGCUGGGCACGGAAGAUAGUUUCUUUCUACAGUUUAUUAUGUGGUGGUAACCGGACAGGGAAGAAGCUACCUUCUGGUGUUUCCUGUAAUGUUGCUAUGGGAUCAUAUUGCAAUAGUGAGGAGCUCACAGUCUUGGCAAUGGUUGGGGAAAGAUUUGGACUGCAACAAUUUGACUCACUGCCUUCUGGUGUAUCACUUCCUUUGCGACAUGUGUUAGAUAAGUGCCGGGAAUCUCCUCCAACUGACUGGCCUGCUGCUGCAUAUGUUCUUCUUGGUCGAGAAGACCUGGCUUUGUCGCGUUUGACACAUCCCCGAAAAUCAAAAGAAGUUGAAACCCAAUCCAAUGUGAAUUUAAUAUCCAUGUCUGCCCCAUACAUGCUACAUUUGCAUCCAGUGACAAUUCCUUCUGCUGUUUCUGAUACAACUGGAGUGGAAAGUUCCAAGUUUGAGGAUACUGAUUCUGUUGAUGGCUCUAUGAUGGAUGGUAUGGAACACAUCUUCAGCUCUAGCACUCAUUUGCAGUAUGGUCGAGAUCUGCGAUUGAAUGAGGUUAGACGCAUUAUGUGUUCUGCAAGACCGGUGGCUAUCCAAACAUCUGUUAAUCCCAGUACCUCGGAUCAGGAUAUCCAACAGGCUCAAUUGUGGCAACUAGCACAAAGGACUACUGCUCUUCCUCUGGGCCGUGGGGCAUUUACUUUGGCAACAAUAUCUACUCUCUUAACAGAGGCCUUCACUGUACCAAAACUUGUUCUAGCAGGUCGGUUGCCUGCCCAACAAAAUGCAACUGUUAAUUUGGACCCCAGUAUAAGGAAUAUACAAGAGCUUAAAUCUUGGCCAGAGUUUCACAAUGCUGUGGCUGCUGGGCUAAGGCUGGCCCCCCUUCAGGGAAAAGUAUCAAGAACAUGGAUUAUAUAUAACAAACCUGAGGAACCAAAUGUUAUUCAUGCUGGGCUUCUUCUUGCUCUAGGAUUACAUGGAUAUCUACGUGUUUUGAUUAUUACCGACAUAUACACCUACUUCACACAGGAACACGAGAGCACAACUGUAGGCUUAAUGCUUGGCCUGGCUGCUUCUUAUAGGGGGACAAUGCAACCAGCAAUAUCUAAGUCACUUUAUGUACAUAUACCUGCUCGACAUUCUUCUUCGUUUCCAGAGUUGGAACUACCAACCAUUCUGCAGUCAGCAGCAUUAGUGUCAGUUGGGCUUCUUUAUGAAGGAUCAGUGCACCCACAAACAAUGCAAAUCCUUUUGGGUGAAAUGGGACGUAGAAGUGGAGGUGACAAUGUUCUUGAGAGGGAGGGCUAUGCUGUUUCUGCAGGCUUUGCAUUGGGUCUUGUUGCAUUGGGUCGAGGGGAAGAUGCACUUGGUUUCAUGGACAGUUUGGUUGAUCGAUUGUUCCACUAUAUUGGUGGCAAGGAAAUUCAUAAUGAAAGACCGCUUUUCUUGACACCAUCUAUUGAUGAACACAAUCGUGGUGUUGGGCAGAUGAUGGAUGGAACUGCAGUCAAUGUUGAUGUUACGGCACCUGGAGCUAUAAUUGCUCUUGCUCUAAUGUUUUUGAAGACUGAAUCAGAGCCUAUUGUAUCACGGCUUUCUAUUCCUCAGACUCAUUUUGAUUUGCAAUAUGUGAGGCCUGACUUCAUAAUGCUUCGAGUCAUUGCUCGGAAUUUGAUAAUGUGGAGCAGGGUGCACCCCUCCAAAGACUGGAUUCUGUCACAGAUUCCUGAAAUUGUCAAAAGUGGUGUUGAAGGCCUCAGAGAUGAUAUUAGUGAUGUUGAUGAAAUGGAUGCAGAAACCUUUGUCCAGGCAUAUGUUAAUGUAGUGGCUGGAGCAUGUAUUUCUCUAGGUUUGAGGUUUGCUGGAACAAAAGAUGGAAACGUGCAGGAAUUACUUUAUGAAUAUGCUAUUUAUUUUCUAAACGAGAUCAAGCCUGUUUCUGCUUCAAGUGGAAGUACUUUUCCCAAGGGAUUGUCUCGCUAUGUUGAUCGGGGCACGUUGGAAAUAUGCCUUCACCUCAUUGUUCUUUCCUUGUCCGUGGUUAUGGCUGGUUCUGGACAUCUGCAAACAUUCCGGUUACUAAGAUUUCUUCGCAGCCGUAACUCUGCAGAUGGUCAUGCAAAUUAUGGUAUUCAAAUGGCAGUAAGCUUGGCCAUUGGUUUCUUAUUUCUUGGGGGAGGAAAGCAGACAUUUUCAAUGAGCAAUAGUUCUAUUGCUUCUUUACUAAUUACUCUUUACCCAAGAUUGCCUACUGGACCAAAUGAUAACCGGUGUCACCUUCAGGCAUUUAGGCAUUUGUAUGUCCUUGCGACAGAGGCUCGCUGGAUUCAAACGGUUGAUGUUGACAGUGGUCUACCUGUUUACGCCCCUCUUGAAGUUACUAUUAAGGAAACUGAACAUUAUGCAGAAACAAGUUUUUGUGAAGUUACCCCUUGUAUUUUGCCUGAACGUGCUGCUUUGAAGAGGGUACGCGUUUGUGGCCCUCGGUAUUGGCCUCAAGUGAUGGAGCUUGUCCCUGAAGAUAAACCUUGGUGGAGUUUUGGGGACAAGAACAACCCAUUUAAUUCUGGUGUUCUCUAUAUCAAACGAAAGGUUGGAGCUUGUUCAUAUGUGGAUGAUCCCAUAGGGCGCCAAUCACUGCUGUCACGAGCAAUGCACAAGGUUUUUGGUUUGAUGAGUACAAAACCGUGCAAUCCUUGUGGCAAAAGUGGGUCGGACUCUGUUUCAGUCGAUCAGUUGGUCAGUACCUUCUCUUCUGAUCCUAGCUUAAUUGCCUUUGCACAACUCUGUUGUGAUCCUUCUUGGAAUAGCAGAUCCGAUGCUGAUUUCCAGGAAUUCUGCUUGCAAGUAUUAUAUGAAUGCAUUAGCAAAGACAGACCGGCUCUUUUACAGGUCUAUUUGUCGUUAUAUACUACUAUUGGAUCCAUGGUUGACCAAGUUACAAAUGGUACUUUUGUUUUCAGAGACUCUCUUGCUAUUUCUAGUUUGAAGCUUGCGCUAACCUACAACGAGGCUCUUCUGAAAGGAAGCUUGACCACUUCAAGAGGUGGUGUUGUUCAAUCUAUCUUUCUUGGGUCUCUUCGGAAGCAGGUAGAAGAGCUCUUAAAAUUGUCGGAGCAAUCGAAAAAUUAUUUGUACAACUAUUUGAAUUCAGCAAGAUGGCCCGAUGAUGAAACACAAGGAGAGAAGGAUUCAGUAAUUCAUUCAUGGUAUCUUCAAUGGUUUGGAGUACCAGCUCCAUCUGUGAUCCAGAUGGCAAUGGAGAAACUUAAGCCGAAGAUCUUGUCAUCAUCUUCAGUUCCAUUUUUGCGGUUAUUAUUCCCUACUACUCACAUAAAUGCGAUUGAUGAGAUAGAUAAGUUAUUGUUUUCUUCUCAAGUUGGCUGAUGAGGUCUGUCAAAUAAGUGUAUUAAAUUAUUCUCUGCAAUUUUGGUAGCAGCUAAUUAAUUUAACUAGGUCUAGAACAAUCUUUGGGUUGCCAUCUCCAAUUCUGAUAUAAAGAAUCUUGCCUUCCAUUUCUUAAACAGGUUGCCCAUUCUGAUAGAAACUCACAUUCAUCUUCUUUAUACAAAGGAUGUGUUUUGUUAUCCAAAACCCAAUCUCCUGUAAAAACAUCACAAGCUUCUGUUUUCUCUACUCCUACAAUAUUACUUCUGUUUUCAUUUCCUUUUACAACUAACAAUAGCAUCUCCUUUCCUUCUAUGCUAUUUUCUUGAUC